AAUCGGAUACUCUCCUUGUCAGGUAAACCUUCCACGGAUCGUCCAAGACAUAUUGGACAAAUUUCAAAUUGAGAAGAGACAAUAGACCCCAAAUCGUGACAAACUCUACCAAUUUGCACCAGAAGAAAUUUUAUAGGGAGCUCUCUAUAAAACACCGAGUGGGGUGCCAAUUGUCACAUCAUGCACGACGUGUGGAGAUCUUUUAGCGGAUCUUCACAACAUACUUUGAGAUUCGUGAAGGACACACUUACAUCCCAACCACAUUUACCUGAGCAAUCAGCUACCGGCAACGGACUCACGACUCGCUGUGCCUCGUCAUGGCGGCUUUCCUGCUGAAAUUGUUCCUCCUCGGCCUCGGAACAUUCCUCUUCUCAGGGGCGUUACGGGCACCGGCGGCGGCGGGUGCUGGCACCGCCUUCAUCCUCGAGAACAAUUGUCCGUAUACCGUAUGGCCCGGCGCAUUGUCCGGCAACGGCGCCGUCCUCCUUGGUAAUGGCAGCUUCGAGCUCCCACCCAACGCCACCAGCUCCUUCUCCGGCCCACCUGGCUGGUCCGGCCGCUUCUGGGCCCGUACCAGCUGCCUAUUCGACUCCUCCUCUGCCAACGGGUCCUGCGCCACCGGUGACUGCGGUGGGGCCCUCCGCUGCUCUAUCGGUGGCGCCCCGCCGGUAAGUCUCGCCGAGUUCACCCUCGGCGGCGGUGACGGCGCCAAGGACUUUUACGACGUGAGCUUGGUCGACGGCUACAACGUUGGCAUCGGGGUGCGCCCCUCCGGGGCGGCCGUGGGGGGCAGCUGCCGGUACGCGGGGUGCGUGGCGGACGUGAACGCGCGGUGCCCGGCGGAGCUGCGGGUGGCGUCGGAGUCCGGGGAGACGAUGGCGUGCCGGAGCGCGUGCGAGGCGUUCGGAUCCCCAGAGUACUGUUGCACGGGAGCCCACGGCUCCCCGACGACGUGCGGGCCGACGCGCUACUCGCAGCUCUUCAAGGCGGCGUGCCCGGCGGCGUACAGCUACGCCUACGACGACGCCACGAGCACGUUCACGUGCGCCUCGGGCGCCGCAGACUACACCAUUACCUUCUGCCCCUCCACCAGUUAGCUCUGUGGCGAAGGCACCGAGUUUAAUACACCUGUAGUUAGGACGUGACCUAAAUAAAGAAAGAAAAUUAAUGUUUA